UUCUCGCAACUUACAAGCUCUCAUUUUCCGACUACUGCUGCUUUUGCUGUGCCACUGUUCCAGUUCCCUAACAAUGGCGGCCGCCGUCUCUUGCCACUUUGCUCUUCCAAACAACAAGCUCCCACUCCCAUCCUCCUCCUCCUUCUCCGGAAAUCUCUUCUUGCGGACGCCCCAGCUCUCCCUCGUUUCGCCGCAGCUUAGGGCCAACGGAGGAAGAAUAUCCUGUCAGAGCUCCUCCGUCACAUCUUCGCCGCCAUCUCCUGCCUUCGGGAAAGAGAAACCACAAUGGAAGGAUUUUCUUCACAUUGACGAUUUCGACAAGGCAGAGAUCAUGAAGAUUCUAGACUGGGCAGCUGAAGUGAAGGCAUUGUUGAAGUCCGGGGAAAGGGGGUAUCUUCCUUUUAAGGGGAAGUCAAUGGCUAUGAUCUUUGCUAAGCCAUCGAUGAGAACAAGGGUUUCGUUUGAGACUGGAUUCUUCUUGCUCGGAGGGCAUGCCAUUUACUUGGGCCCCCACGACAUCCAAAUGGGUAAGCGGGAGGAAACUCGCGAUGUUGCUCGUGUGUUGUCUCGUUAUAACAAUGUGAUCAUGGCUCGUGUUUUCGCUCAUCAGCAUAUAUUGGAUCUAGCAAAGUAUGCGAGUGUGCCUGUUAUAAAUGGCCUAACUGAUUAUAAUCAUCCUUGCCAAAUAAUGGCUGAUGCCCUUACUAUGAUUGAACACGUCGGUCAGCUGGAAGGAACUAAGGUCGUAUAUGUUGGGGACGGCAACAACAUUGUUCACUCUUGGCUAUUGCUAGCAUCCAUUGUUCCUUUCCACUUCGUUUGUGCUUGCCCUAAAGGGUUUGAGCCAGACCAGAAAACAGUGGAUAAGGCACAGCGGGCUGGCAUCAGCAAGAUUGAGAUAACAAACGACCCAAAAGAAGCUGUCUGUGGAGCUGAUGUUGUUUAUUUGGACGUGUGGGCCAGCAUGGGCCAGAAGGAAGAGGCUGCACAUCGCCGUCAAGUGUUUCAAGGAUUCCAGGUGGACGAACAGCUUAUGAAGUUGGGUGGCCCCAGGGCAUACUUCAUGCACUAUCUACCAGCAGAAAGGGGAGUUGAGGUUACUGAUGCUGUUAUCGAAGCACCGAACUCAAUAGUGUUUGCUCAAGCUGAAAAUCGAAUGCAUGCCCAGAACGCCAUAAUUCUUCAUUCGGUUGGAUUGUGAGGUAGCUAAGUCACUCAGGCCUAAGUUAUCGAGGAAAUAGUUAGUUCGGUUAGACGAGUUUUGAGAGUUGAUUUUAGCAGUCUUGCAGUGUUUUUGUAGGGAGUCUUAGAAAAGUAGGACUUGAAUAACGGUUUCUUGGGAAC